AUUUAAUUGGUUUUGAUUUGUAGAUCCACAGAUUCGAACCCUCAUCUUCUACUUCCAUCAUCUCAUCUUUCUUUGAACAGUUACCGCUACGCUACAGAAGAUGGGCAGUCAACCGAGUCCGUUACAGCCAGCUAUGUUAAUGGGUUCACCUUCUUUUCCAAACGCACUUGCUUGGUCUCAUGAUAAUCUCAUUGCUGCUGCUUCUGGUCAUUUCGUUACCAUUCUCAGACCAGACUUACCUAACGGUCCACGUGGCUUGAUUAAAGUCAUCCCAAACGAGCCUCUUAUUUUAGGGUUUAUAGAUAGAAAAGAUUUACACUCUGGGUGCCUCCUGCCUACAGCUUUGUAUCGGGAUGAUAAACCAGUUGUUCGAUCAAUAUCAUGGUCUCCACUUGGCAUGGCUCCCAACUCAGGGUGCUUGAUUGCUGUUUGCACCUCUGAUGGACACGUUAAAGUUUAUCGUCCGCCCUUUUGUGAUUUUUGUGCUGAAUGGAUUGAGGUUGUGGACAUAACUCAAAGGCUGUAUGAAUAUUUCCGAUGUACUGAGUUUCAAGGCACAGGAGGGAGUAAUUCAUUAGAUUUUUCCGAAGUUCCUAGCAAUAGACCGUGUCUGCUGAAAAAUGCGUCAGGCCAAGUGGAUUCUGUCACACCAAAUGAUGAAGUGUCAGAGAAAAUGCCUGAGAGCCAAUUAUUGUCAUUGAUAAGCGCUGAUGAAUAUGCUUCCCGCAGUGCAAUGCUAUAUUCGCUUGUUGUUUCUUGGUCUCCCUUGCUGCAUGUAGCAUCUGAAUUUUAUCCCGAUCCUAAUAGAAAUGCCUCUGUCAGUCUUCUUGCUGUUGGUGGGAAGUCUGGUAAAAUUUCUUUAUGGAGAUUUCACCAACCAGAUUGCUUUACUAUUGAGGACAGAAAAGUCCCAGCUGUUGUGAAGUUUAUUGGUCUCCUUCACGCACACAAUUCAUGGAUCACAACAAUGAGCUGGCUGUUGUUUGCUUUUGAUUCCUUAAAUCCUCAAAUUAUACUAGUUACUGGAAGCUCUGAUGGGAGUGUGAAGGUUUGGUUGGGUGACAAUGACAAAUUGCUCAAAUCAUCAGAAGUUGAUCCAAAUUCCUUUUUAUUAUUGAAGGAGGUUAUAACUGCAAAUGCUGUCCCAGUUUCAGUACUUUCAGUAACUGUGCAUGUUCAGUACCCCUCCAAGAUGCUUUUAGCCAUAGGCAAAGUUUCUGGUUCCAUUGAGAUAUGGCUAUGUGACAUAUCCUCUAGGGAAUUUGAUAAGCUUGGCUCAUAUGAUGCACAUUAUUAUGCUGUUACCAGUUUGACUUGGGCGUUUGAUGGAAGAUUUUUGUGCAGCUGUAGCCAGGAUAAUAUAUUGCGUGGCUGGAUUUUGCACGAGCGCCUCCUUGAUGAAAUACCAAUUUUUUCUGACAUGCCCCGUAGCAAUGAUUCAACCUGUCCUUCAAGAGAUACAUUUGAAUCAUGUUUUGGCGUAGCUGUGUCCCCUGGAAAUCUUGUCAUUGCAACUGUUCAUUGCUUUGAUAUUGAUAAACUGAAUCGAAUGUAUGAAGGAAGGAUUCUGAGGGCAGCCAUUGAAUACUUCUGGAUUGGUGGGCUACAAGUUGAUGUUUUGUUGAAAUCUCCCUUUUCAUGCAACAUUGAAGAACUUCCCACUUUUCCAGAGAAAGAAUUAACUUAUUGGGGGGCCAAUAUCAUAUGGUCUUUAAACCAUUAUCAAUGUGUCGAUAAGCCUCUGGUUUUUUGGGAUAUAAUUGCAGCAUUAUUGGCUUUCAAGGAAAACAAGUCAAAAUAUGUAGAACAUUUAGUGGUCAAAUGGCUCUCAUUAUCAUUUCUGGGAUCUCAUAUGAAUCUUCCUCCUGAGGAAGUGUUAUCACGUCUCAUUUCAAGGUUGUCGGACAUUCCUUCUCGACUGCUGCACUUGCUCAAUAUAAUUUGUAGACGUGUAAUGUUGGCACAGCUGGAUGCUGAUCAGUUAACCAUAAUAAAUAGCAAAUUUCAAAACAUGGAUGGGGUAUGUCCUGUCAUUGAAGAGGAAAUGACUAAGUGGGUAGAAGUUCUUUUAGGCAGUGAAAGAGAGCUUCGUGAAAGGAACGUGGGUCUUAGUUUCUCUGCUCUCCAAACUAGCAUGUUCAAUCAAGAAGCAACUCCAUCCCUGCCUGGCCGUUGGUAUCCUGUUGGAUUAGCACAGAUGGAACAAUGGGUUGCUUUAAAUCAGGAAGACAUACAUGACCAGUUAAAAUCCAUUGCAUCAAAAGUUACUCAUGAGAAAAGCAGGUUUGUGCCCAAAAAAUGUUCAGCAAUGGAGUCAUGCAAUUAUUGUUCAGCACCUGUUCCAUUUGAAUCACCAGAGUUUGGUUUUUGUCAAAGUGAAAAUUGCAGUAGUGGUAAUGUUAAACGUCGCAAGUUAUUGAGAUGUGCGGUUUGUAUGGAGGUUUGUCCUAGCACCCCACUAUGGUUUUGUGUAUGUUGUCAUAGGUUUGUGUUUAGGUUGGCGCCGGAACCACUUUUUAGAAUGUCUUCAUUUUGUAUAGAUUCAGACUCUUCAAAUAGUUCUUCUCAAGCAGUUUCCUCAAAACCGCUGUGUCCCUUCUGUGGGAUACUGCUACAGAGAAAACAGCCAGACUUUCUACUUUCUUCCUCACCUGUAUAAGAAUAUUGAACUGUUUUGUAUUUAUUAUUAAAGUGUAUUUAUUACUGUAGUAGAAAUAAAUUGUAGUUUGCAUA